CGUGCCUCAGUUGAUUUUAUACGUUUAGGAAUAAUACAACAGCUUCGCUGAAAAAUUUUUUAGUGUAUUUUAUUUUCGAAAUUUACCGGGAAAAGGGGGAUUAAAAAAAAAAGUAAACGCUCAGAAAACGUAUAAAAUUAAGAGGAUAUUCGUAGAAUUUUGUUUCAUUGCGAGUGAACCGUAGCAAAACUAAAGGAUGGCGGAUACGGAGAAUACCGACGAGCCCGGGGAGUACGAGGAUGAGCAGAGGUUCAUGGAGGAGCACCUGAUGGAGGAGGGGAUCGAGGAUGAUCUGUUCUCGCGCCUGGGUGAGUCCUCCGACGAUCCAGAACAGAAGCGCAUGUACAUGGAGUAUCUGGCUCUCAUCAAGGAGAUCGACUGCCAGAACAAGAUCAUCCAGGACAUCAAGUCUAAUGUGAUGGACCUGUGCUCCAAGCCCUGCCAGACGCGCAACGAAAUGCGCGAGAUCAAGCGCCUGCGCGUGUGCAUGGAGCAGGAGAACAUCAAGCUCCACACCAUGAUGCGGCGGGCCAUUGAGCUGCAGAACUUUGGCUCGCACCGUCACUACAAGGAGGUGAACCUGACCACCACCGUGGACGAGGACCAGCUCUCGCCCUACAUGUGCAUGGGUGCUACAUGUCCCGGUGGACAGCCGAACAGCGGAGCUACCGAGCCCUGCAGCGAGGAUGCUAGCUCAUGUGCCAGUGUCUGCGGCGGUGGAGGCGGUGGUGGUGGUGGUGGUGGUGCCAUGGAUGAGCGGCUAAUCUGUGCCCUGCAGAAGGCCAUGCAGAAGAUGAAGGGCGCCUGUCCGGAAGACAAGCGGAUGAUGCAAGAGAUUGCAGCUGCGAUCAUGGCCUGCAAAAACAAGCCCGUAUGCAGUCCGGGGCCCUGUGGGGCGAAGCCCUGCCCGGAGAGCAGCAGCAGCGUGUGCCCGCCCGCACCGCCCUGUCGUUCGACGAAACGGUCGCAUGCUCAUGGCCAUGCCGCCCCAUGUCCACAGAAUUCCUCUGCGCCAUCAGUCACGUCCAUGGACAAGCUGAAGCAUCGCAUUGUGAAAAUGCAGUGUUCGGUGAAGAGGCUGCUGAACGAAGUGAACCGUCGUGAAUCCGCUGGUCCGUGCGAUGAGGGAAGCGACGAGGAGGACUCGCGCCCAUGUCCGUCACGGCCGCCCUGCCCAGAGGAACCCGAUCCACUAAUCAUCUGCGGGGGGAAGCGCAACACCAAGGCGGACAAGUACGAGAAGAUGAAGGAGAACUACACGCGUCUGCUGACAGAGUUUCAGCGCAAGGACUGCCAGAUGAAGGAGAUGCAGAAGCGAAUGAAGGGCAUUUGUGGUAGCAGUCCAUCGAAAGGCGCCGACGGAGAUGCCGAUGCUGCCGAGCUGAAUCUUCUGCGUGCUCGCGUCAAUGAGAUGAAGGAGGAGCAGCAGGAGUUCAAGUGCAUUAUGAAGGAGCAGUCGCAGCAGCUGGAGGACUACCGCAACAAGUACCUGCUCGCCCAGCAGAAGGUCGAGGAGCAGUGCGUAUCGCUGGAGAAGCUCAACAUGAACAACAAGCGCAUCGAGCAGCAGAUCAACACGGAGGUGAAGGAGAUCCGGGCAAAGUUCCAGGAGAAGCUCAACGAGCUGCUCCACUUCCCUAAGCUGCUGGAGAACGAGCAGCUGAAGCUGGCCCAGAUCUGCAAGGAGAAGGACGAGAUGCAGGGAAAGCUGGUGGUCGUCUGCAAAGAGCUCAAGUCCUGUAAAUCCCAGUUGAGCUCCCCCACCUCCGUAGACGUGCGCCCACAACUAGCCCAGUGCCAGAUGGAGCUGUCCCAGGCCCGCAACGAACUGGAGGAGCUCCUGCGCCAGCGCGAUCUCUUCUGCGAGCAGCUCAAGGCCACCCAGGAUGAUCUCGACACCUUGCGAACUGAGUCCGCCAAGAUCAUAGCCGGCACCAAGGAGCGCGCAGAACUGAUCAAGUCCCAGCAGCAGGAGCAAAUCAAUCGCCUGGAGAAGGAGCUGGCCCAGUGCCGUGCCACCGCUUCCCUGUCGGUCAACGAUCGCGAAGCCGUCAUCCGGGAGAUGCAAGGUCAACUGAAUACCCUCUCGUACAGCUUCGAUGCCGCCCAGAAGCAGAUCAAGACCCUACGCAACCACAUUGCUUAUGUGUCCAAUGAGAACUGUUUCCCAGUCAAGUGUUAGAUCACACACGCGAUUCCUUCGGCCCCCAACGCCAGAGUGCAGUGAAGUAAGACAUGAUUAAUGAUCAAAAUUUGUUCUGUUAACCCAUACCAUUCGAAACCAAGUCCUAGUAAAUAUAAUUGCAAUUUUUCGGCCUGAUAA